AUGAUUCUAAUACUCUUGGGUGUAAUUUAAUUGAUUUAAGCAUCAUCAGAAAACAAUUAAAAACCAGUUAAUUUGAGUAAAUUUGCGAAAGUGUUUGAACAUUAUAAUCAAUCGAAUCAAUUCAGCAAAUCAUUAUUUACUUAAUUAAAGUCCAAAGUUUUAAAUGGAGCAACUAUUCAAGAUCUGGAUGACCAUUUUGCAGAAUUGGUUGGACAUUUGGAAAAAGAUGAGUUCUCACAACAAUAAUUAUAUUAAGUUGAGUAAGCUAGAUUAGAAGGAACAAUCUUAUAAUUAGAAGAUGAAUUAAAAUAAUUGGAGGAAUAAAAUGCAUAUUUAAUUUAAAAAUAGGAGACUUUGAAUGAAGAAGCCCAAUAAAUUGAUGUUUUAUUUAGUGCCAAUCACGAAGCAUACAUUUAAAAAAUCGGAGAGCAAUACACUUUAAUCGAAGCCAUUGAUGAGUUAAUAUCAUAAGUUUAGGAGAAACAGACCAUUAAAGAUGACAGUGAUAUUAUGGAGAAGUUAAAAUAGAUUAGUGAAGAUCAACAUAUAAGCAUUUUGGCUUAAGUGACUGCUCAUUUAGAUAUGGAAUAAGCAGAUAAAAUCUUAGUUCUAUUCUAGGAUUUGAAAGACACUCUAAAGGAAGGAUUAGAAGUAGAUGAAUAAAAUAAUGAAUUAAAUGUUAAAUUGCACACAGAAAUUAGACAAUCCAUAGGCAGGUAUGAUUUAAGAAUCAAUUAUUUUAGUAUGAUACCUGAAACACUCAUUUAACAAGAAGAAAUCCUAAAUUCUAUAAAAGAACAAUAAAAUACUUUAUCAAUUACAAAAAUGGCUUUAGAAAAGCUUAAGUCUGAUAUGGAUGAAGUCACUUCAGAUAGAAACUUUGCUUUGCUUUAAAUUUAAUAGGCCAAAUCAAUUUUAAAAGACAACAUUCAAGAUUUAUCAGAUCCUAAAUGA